AUGGUGGUCACGGAGUAUAUUUCCAAAGGAGAUCUAAGUACCAUCCUUCACAAGGAUAGCAUUCCCAUCACUUUGGAUACACGGCUAAGAAUUGCCAUUGAAUGUGCAGAAGCAUUGGCCUAUAUGCAUUCACAAAUGUAUACUCAGGUCAUUCACGGUGAUAUCAAGCCUGCUAAUAUACUUCUGGAUGAUGGACUCAGAGCAAAAAUAUCAGACUUUGGAAUAUCAAGACUAGUCAACACUGAAAAUACUCUCUAUACUGUAAAUAAUAUAGGAAGUAUCGGCUACAUGGACCCUCUGUUUGCUCAGAAUGGUCGCCUCACAGCAAAGAGUGAUGUUUAUAGUUUUGGAAUUGUACUCCUGGAACUGAUCACUAGAAAGGAAGCAAAAACAGAGGGUGGAGAGAUUGGCUUGGUUGAAAGUUUUCUUCAGUCUCUUUCAAAAGGGGUUAGGAGGGCGAGGGAGAUGUUUGAUCCUGAAAUCACAACAUCAAGUGAUAUGAAGACUAUUGAAGGGAUUGCUAAGUUGGCAGGUAAAUGCUUGAAGAUGGAGCUUGACAAACGUCCUGAGAUGUUAGAAGUUGCAGAGCGUCUUCACAAACUUAGAAAAGCUCCUCGUCAGGUACAAGGAAAACUUGCUCUGUUUUCUUGGGGAAAGAGAAAUAAAUUAGCGCCAGCUGAAACACCACCAAUUGAAAGCAGCAGCAGUACCCGAAACGUGGUAACUUAUAUUGAUAGGUUGACACCGAGAGGCCACCCCGCAAAAAAAAAGAAGACACCGAGAGGCCAAUCGUUCGAGCUGGAUGAUCUGCUUCGACGAUCGGCUGAAGUUCUGGGCGAGGGUACAGUUGGGACAACAUACAAAACGACGCUUGAUGGUGGUUAUGAGACGGUAUUCAAGAGGCUGAGGGAUGUGGACUUGCCGAAGGUGUACUUUGAGCAGCAUAUGAGGAUGAUUCGUGCCAUCCGGAACAAGCACAUUGUGCCACUGCGGCGGUAUUACUACAACACGGAUGAGAAGAUGCUAGUGUAUGAUAUGAUCCCCAUGGGUAGCCUAGCAAAAGUACUCCAUGGUUAUCGAAUCCCCGGCACGACUCCGCUGGACUGGGAGCAGCGGUUGGCCAUCUCACUCGCUGCUGCACGUGGUGUGGCGGCUAUCCACUUAGCUGGACCAUCGAGCUGCCAUGGCAACAUCAAGUCUUCCAAUAUCCUGCUCACCGGCACCCACAAUGCAUGUGUGUCGGAGCACGGCCUGAUGCCACUUGGCGUGUAUUCCAAUGCCUCCGGCUACAGCGCGCCUGAGAUCUCCGGCAAUAGGUCAGUCUCCCAGAAAGCCGACAUGUACAGCUUUGGCAUCCUACUGCUGGAGCUUCUCACUCGCAAGGAUCCAGCAAAGAGCACACAAAAUGAGGAGGGAUUAGAUUUGGCACAAUGGGCAUGGUCUGUUGUACGCAAGGAGUGGACGAUGGAGGUCUUUGACGUGGAGCUCCAGCCCCUAGGACGGGAGCAGAAGGCCGGGGAAGAGGAGAGCAUGGUGCAACUUCUGCAGCUCGCCAUAAACUGUUGUAGUCACUAUGCUGACUCGAGGCCUACGAUGUCUGAUGUUGUGCAGAAGAUUGAGGCAAUCCACGAAGUCCUGACUCCUGACCAAGAAACUUGCACAUCACAGUGA